AUGGACAAUGCCAAGGCAAUUAGGACUCCCAUGAGUCCAAUUACAUUUCUUGACAAAGAUGAAGAAGGAAAAUUAGUUGAUGAACCAAAAUAUCGUAAAAUCAUCGGAUCUCUACUCUACUUAACUGUGAGCCGUCCUGACAUAAUGUUUAGUGUAUACAGAUGUGCCAGGUUCCAAGAAGCUCCUAAGGAGUCACAUUUAACUGUCGUGAAGCGAAUUUUUAGAUACCGUUUUUCAGAUGCAGACCCUGUUGGUGAUAAAGCUGACUGGAAAAGUACAAGUGGGACGUGUCAAUUGCUUGGUAAAUUACUUAUUUCCUGGAAAAGUACAAGUAAGAAACAAGGAUCAGUUGCACUAUCUACAACUGAAGCUGAAUACAUUGCCAUUGGGCAAUGCUGUGCUCAACUACUUUGGAUGAUUCAUCAAUUAACUAAUUAUGAUCUUUCGUUUAAGCCUCCUCAAGAAAUCCUUCUGGUUCCACUAGCAAAAGCACAUGGUCCAAAGAAACAAAACCUCUCUCAACCAUCAGAACCAGUUAUUAUUGGCUCUGAUCACUUUGAGGGUUUUUCGUCUUCUCAAGAAAUCAUCUCUGAAAAUGCUCGAGCAGAAAAGGCACUAGGGAAGUGA